CGUAAGCGAGAGACAGAGACAGCCAUGAAUUGGGUCUUUCCUUUAGCUUUACCAGAAUUCUACCCGUCUCUCGUCAUACUCGUGCAGAUGCUUCAGUGCCUUGAAUAAAAAAAUUUGCUGUGACUGGAAAGUGGGAUGCCCAACUUCCCUCUUGCUUUCUUGAAAAGAAACCCAGAUAAAUACUUCCUCUUGCUCUGUUUUCUUUUCCCCACUUUAUUGCUGGGCUCGUUAUCGAGUUUCAGAAGCAGUAAUUUUCCUGAGACUUCCUUCCUGGGGCCUCCUGCGAUAGUGACAGAGGUGGUUUUGCGAUCUCCUGCAGCUACAGAAAUGGGGCGUCUGAAGGGUUCUUCCUUGGGAGCUACCUCCUCUGAGGAAGAUGAUCCUUUUCCAUCAGUAAAAGAGAGGAGAAUCCCAAUCUGCAUUUUCUUUCGUAAUGCGAGACUCGUUUUGAAAUUUGAUGAACUUGGUCGAGAGAUAGCUCAAAUAGCAUUGCCUGCUGCACUUGCUUUGACCGCCGACCCUAUUGCGUCUCUUGUUGACACAGCUUUCAUAGGCCAAAUCGGUCCUGUGGAGCUAGCUGCUGUGGGUAUAUCGAUUGCGCUGUUCAAUCAAGUGUCGCGAAUCGCUAUAUUCCCGCUUGUCAGUGUCACCACAUCCUUUGUUGCCGAGGAAGAUACUAUUGGAAGGGUGAGCUCCGAAACGCAGGAGAGCGAAUGCUUAGAGGCGUGCUCUAUGGAAAAUGCCGAAAAUAAGGAGUUGAUACCCCAAAAUGAAUCCAGUGAUCAUCCGUCCGAAUCAGUGCGGAUCAGUAGCUGCAACGUAUCGAAGUUUGAACAGAUGCCCAGUAGAAGACACAUCCCAUCGGCUUCAUCUGCGUUGGUAAUUGGCAGCGUUCUCGGUUUUCUUCAAGCCAUUUUUCUCAUAUCCGUAGCAAAACCUUUGCUGAAUUUCAUGGGAGUGAGAUCUGAUUCCCCGAUGCUAACUCCUGCGCAGCAGUACUUGACAUUGAGGUCACUAGGUGCGCCAGCAGUUCUCCUCUCACUUGCCAUGCAGGGGGUCUUCCGCGGAUUUAAAGAUACGAAAACACCUUUGUAUGCAACUGUGGUGGGAGAUGUAACGAACAUAAUCUUGGACCCCCUAUUCAUAUUUGUUUUCCAUCUGGGCGUCAGAGGUGCGGCUAUUGCCCAUGUUAUAUCUCAGUAUGUGAUUUCUCUUAUUCUGUUGUGGAGACUGAUGAAGCAAAUUGAUCUCUUACCUCCGAGUAUCAAACAUUUGCAGUUUGGCCGUUUCCUAAAGAAUGGUUUUCUGCUACUAAUGAGGGUUGUUGCUGUGACGUUCUGUGUGACUCUCGCCGCAUCAAUGGCUGCUCACUUGGGGCCGACAUCGAUGGCUGCAUUUCAAGUCUGCUUGCAAGUGUGGUUAGCAAUGUCCCUCCUUGCUGAUGGGCUUGCAGUCGCUGGACAGGCAAUCCUGGCAAGCGCAUUUGCAAAUAAGGAUUACAAGAAGGCCACAGAAACCGCGUCCCGAGUGCUGCAGUUGGGACUGCUUUUGGGACUGGCACUAGCGGUCCUUCUCGGAGUUGGAAUGCAUUUCGGAGCGAGAUUAUUCACCAGGGAUGUUAGCGUCCUCCAUGUAAUCAGUAUCGGAAUACCGUUUGUUGCUGCUACUCAACCCAUAAAUGCCUUGGCCUUUGUAUUUGACGGCAUCAACUUUGGAGCGUCUGAUUUUGCAUACUCUGCCUACUCCAUGGUUGCGGUCGCGGCAGUCAGCAUUCUCUGCUUGUUUAUACUUUCGUCAAGUCACGGGUUCAUUGGAAUCUGGAUUGCUCUAACCAUUUAUAUGAGCCUCCGGGCAUUCGCCGGAUUUUGGAGGAUCGGGACUGGCAAGGGUCCCUGGAAAUUUCUCUGGAGCUGAACAAGCAAUCAUUACACACUCAGGAAAGUCCAGCGGGCAAAGUCCAAUCUGAAACCCACUGGCAGCUUCCCUGGAAAUUCAUAUCGCCGCUCUGCGACGGUCCCUAUCUGUACGCUAUAUAGAAAAUAGAACGGAGAGAGACGAAAAGGGUCAGUUUUAACUGACACUGGCUAGUGAGGAAGCUGGAGAGAACCUAUAGAAAACAAUAAUCCGGAAGCGAAAUGUAUAUAGAUUAUGCGCACGGUGCUGCUAGUUAUUAGCCUCGUUUCUCGAGGGAGCAUCAUUUGUGUGAGAGAUUCGCUACAAACAAAAUGACAGCAUGUUACAGUCUCCGCAUUUAUUAUGAAAAAGAUUGAAGCUUCAGCUUCAAAGGCUUUAUAGAUUUUGCCCAUGAA